UUAUUGUAUUGCACUACAGAGGGGGUGGUUUAGUAACCAGUGUGGCGCGUUCUUAGGGCUCCUAUUUAGGGAACAGGGAGUUGUUUGGACUCGAACCAACCUGGAGGAACUUCUUACACGCACGCAGAGACGGACGGAGCGUGUGGAAAUAACCGUGUCAGUUUUUCUCUGGAAUACAACCGCGGCGUUAUUUGUGUACAGAGAAGAGUCUUAAACGACCCAAAUCACUCACGAACACGUUAGCAACCUCGACGGCACUCGGAUUAAACAGGACGGAAGAACAACAAAAAACAACACCAAGAUGAAUCUGAAGUGAAUCCGGCGAACGUCAUCGAUCCAACGGGAUUAACGUUAAGUUAGUAACCAGCCAGCCAGCCAGUUUACUCGCGUCUUUAACAGAGUUCCCUGCGGUUAAGAGGCGACUUAUCUGCUCGAAUGCGUCUUGUUUACGACUCGGUUGCCUUCUAACGCGGUUGAGGACUUUUUCCAUUUUGGCAAACAAACAAAAACAAACAAACAAACGCGAUGAAUUUACAGCGGCUAACAUUUGACCAGGCUAGCAGUAGAAGCUAGUUAGCCGGCUAGCAAACCGAUGUUAGCUGUGCUAACCGACACAUACACGCACUUUCCCACUACUUUAUCACAGCAUUUACACUUCCCUGGGCAGGCGAAUAACAUUACUUCCAGUAUCCUUUUUUCCCCCAAUUCUUUUUUUAAUAUCCAAACCUUUUCUUCACACCGAGGGAACUAGGUUUUGGUGAGUUGUUGUGGUUUUUUUUUUGUCGCUGGUGGAAAAUGGAUGCGGUAAUGGAGAAGGAGUGCAGUGCUUUAGGAGGGCUGUUCCAGUCCAUCAUGAACGACAUGAAGGCAAGUUACCCUGCCUGGGAGGACUUUGUUUCAAAAGGGGCCAAGUUACAGUCUCAACUAAGAACAACCAUCAUUGUCAUUGGCUCAUUUCUGGAUGCUUUCCAGAAGGUUGCUGAUAUUGCAACUGGAACACGUGGUGCAACAAAAGAAAUCGGCUCAGCGUUGACCAGAAUGUGCAUGAGACAUAGAAGCAUUGAGAAUAAACUCAAACUCUUCACUACCGCUUUCAUGGAUAACUUGAUCAGUCCACUGGAGCUGACGUUGGAGGAGUGGAAAAAAGUGGCCAGUCAGCUUGAUAAGGAUCACGCUAAAGAGUAUAAAAAGGCUCGAGCAGACAUCCGGAAGAAAUCAUCUGAUACAAUCAAACUGCAGAAGAAGGUAAAAAAAGGUAAAGACGAGGUGCGGAUGCAGUUGGACAGUGCCUUGCAGGAUGUUAACACUCGGUAUACUGAGUUAGAAGAGACAGAGAAGAGAGCUGCGUGUCGAGCACUCAUUGAGGAAAGAGGACGCUUCUGCUCUUUUGUUACAAUGCUAAAACCUGUUCUUGAUGAAGAGAUUAGUGUGCUUGGUGAAGUAACACAUUUACAGUCCAUUCUUGAAGACCUUUGUAACUUGACUGUAGAUCCCAGUGCUUUACCACCUGCUAGUGAACAGGUUAUUCUUGACCUAAAAGGUUCUGAAUACACCUACACAUUCCAGACCCCACCGGCAUCUCCCAGCAACACACUGUCGCGCAAAAGCAGCAUUAGCAGUAACUAUGCCUCAGUGCGCCAUGUACCCUCUCUGGAUUCUAUCUCCAGUGUUAUGGAUGGCCUGCAUUUGCAAAUGCAAGAAGUACGACAGGAGCAGAUUCACAAUGUCGCUGGCACAGAGAAUGGAACCUCUAGACCACCUCCACACCAAGUUUACAGUGGUUAUGGGGAACGAGCUAGAGCCCAGUCCACAUCAGGAAAGCCAAAGACCGCCAGAGAGCAACUAGCUCUGACCUUAGCAGGUACACUCAACUCUGAGACUCCUCACACUAGUCGUGACUCUCUGCACUGCUCCAGUGGAUACAGUACUCAGACAACAACCCCAUCCUGUUCUGAAGAUACAAUACCCUCACAACAUGCAGUAAAGAAAGAACCUCCUCUCUAUGACUAUGAUUAUAUAUCCCUCCAUGGAGGUGACGACACCCCCAGUCCAUCUGAUUUUGAUAAGUCCUGUACAAUUCCACGAAAUAGUGAGCUGAGCCUGAACUACCGUAAACUGUUCCAAAGCAAGAGACCAGCAUCCACCGUGAGCCUGCUGUCUGAGCCUGAGUCACUACUGCUACAUCAAACACACACGGCCACCAUCCGGCGUAAGCCAUCCAGCAAAGCCAACCUUCGCCGUGGCACCAUCAGUGGAGGAGUGCCCAUCCCCAUUUCCACACCGCAGGUGCCACUGAAGCCUGCUAAAUCCCAAGCAGGUUUGGCUCCAGGCCGUAGUGGAAGUGAGGAGGCAGUGUUCACACAAGUGCACCCUCAAGCUGCUCAACACCCCAGUACAGAUUUGGCACAUGUCAAGCUCUCACACUGUACCUCUACUCAAAAUACAAGUACGGUGCCAACCCCGUACUAUGCGAUGUUCCCUGGGCAGCCACCAGUAGGCAUCAUGGAACAGGUCACCCAGACUAGCAAGCAACAGCAAAGGCAGUUCCAACCCCACAGCGACAAUCAUCAACUGUACAACCAAAAACAACGGCAAUAUCACCAAGAGUACAACACAAAGGACCAUCCAAUACAAUAUCAACAACGCUGCAAUCAAGCACCACAGGAGCUGCAGUAUCAACAGUACAUUCAAGCACAACACCAGUACCCACAUCAUCACUACAAGCAACAGUAUCAGCAACAGGUGCAGCACAAACAAGCUCAGCAUACUCAGUUUCCCAAACAGCAUUCAAUCCAACAGCAUGAUCAAAAGCAGCAAAAUCAACAGAAUUGCCAUCUACCUCAACAGAAUGAUGCACUACAGUGCUGGUCAUCUGCUCCAGCUAAAGACAUUGCAAAUCAAUCAGAUGACAUGAAUGAUUCCAGACAGAUGGCGAGUGGUGGCAGUGAUAUGCUAAGCAUGAUCCGCAGGGGGGUCAAACUACGACGCACAAUCACCAAUGAUCGCUCAGCACCUCUCAUCACUACCAACUAUCUCAACUGAAGAUUAUUUUACAUGCUUUAGGCAUUUUUACCUUUAUUAUUAUUUUUUUACUUUUACUUCUCAAUUUUUUUUAAGCUUACCAUCAGGGUUAGACAGUCUGCCUUCCCAAAAAAAAUGUAUUUUAUUUGGCUGCUUAAUUAUAAUUAGGUCUUUUUGGCACUGGUGUGUCCAUGUGAAUGUCAGCUUUCAUAUACUCAACUUUACUAUAUUGUUUUUGACAAAUAUGAAACAAUACAGAUUCCAGUCUGUAUUUGUUCAGAGAAGAGAAUAUAUUUAGAUUGGAUUUGUUUGAUUUUAUUAGUUUGUGUACUUUUAUAGAGAUUUAUCUGAAGAAUUACAGCUCCACUGCCUUUAUCUGCCUGAAGUCUGGAUUUAUUCAGUGUCUGUGUGGAGUCCAGAUAUGCUGAUGAAGAAACUUCUGGAGAAUGUGGCCAUUCUUUCAUUGCUUAUAUUAAUCACUGUGGCUGUAUAAUCUGCUAGAUUUUGAAAUUUAGAUUUAGAAAUGUAUGAUCCAUUUUGACCAAAGCUUUGAAAACGUAGGCUGUUCUAAAAUACCUGGAUAUUUUCAGAGACUGGAUACAAAGUAGAAGCAAACAUUAUUGAAAUGUUAAUUUUAGUAAUUGCUGCUUUCUUGUUGGGUGAAACCUAUAGACUUUUUUGUGUCAUACUUGGAAUAGAUACUGAAUUCUGGAUUUAUCUUCUAAUUUUUAUUUAAACAAUUGUAUUUUUCCGUAAUGAUUUCUUUCACGUUCACCUCUUUAUUUUUUUGUAAACACUUCAGAAUAAUGCUAUUGUGUUCCAGGAUUAGUGACACUUAUAAAUUGUACACUGCCAACUGUUUGAGGUGAUUUUGUCUAAGCAAUAUACUGUAUGUGUCUACAUAUUCUGAAAACAGUCACUAUUGGUUAUUGUGUUUUUGUGUUUUUUUUUUUUAUUUUUUAUUUUUUUUUGCUGGUGACUGUUGAAAUGCCUUGUUUUUCAUCUAGUCUUUUAAAAUGAAAAAAAAAAAAAAAGUGUAAGAGAAGCUUGCAGUUUUAGUAGCACAAGCCACUCCUCUUGUGGCAUACAUAAGUGGUGAUCUGUUUGCUUAUAGCAGAACAAACUAUGAGGCUGAUAUUGUUGCAGUUUCCAAACACAUUUGAUGGGUUUAGACAUGCUCUAUUAUGCUGAAUGGAUCUUUUAUCUUAAAUAGUCUACCUAUAUAGUUGUGUGUUUUUGCUUUAUUUGUCCUUGGCAUUUGAGAUAAAAGCUGUGCCAUUGUAGUUUGGGCUUUCAUUUAAAGUUUUUGUUUUUGUUUAGCUCUAUAUCGAUGCUUUUGUCUAAGAAAUAGCUUAAAGAAAGAUGAUUUUUUUUUUUUUUUUUUUUGUUAUUUUCUGGUUGCAUGAUAUUUAUAGCUCUACUUGUUUAGCUGUCCUGUGUAAUAGAGAAAGCUAAUGCUGGUCAUGGGCUUUUGGACAGCAAGCACAUUGCCUUUGUUCUAACUUUAAAUCAUCAGCCAAUCUUUUCUUAAUCUAAGAAUUACAUUAAUGAGAACAUCUUGUGUAGUGUUAAAGCUGUGGAAGAAUCCUAUCCAAAGAGCAGCUAAUUUGAAUUCAUUAAAACAUCGUUUAAUUUUUGGAGAAAACUGUAGUUUUACUAGGUACUGUAUACAAACACGGAACAGAAUUAUUGUAAUAAAAGUCUGAUAUGCCAUA